GCACGCGCCGCCCGGGGACCUGCAGCUGCUGGGGGUGCACCGGCGCCCCGCCCGGCCCGGCCCGCGGAGCCACGUCCCUCGCCCGGUCUCGCUCUCCGCGGCCGUCAGCCGGGUGAGCCUGGAGCUGUGCGAGGUCCCCGUGCCGCACCCUCUGGGCCGGGUCCCCUUCGAGAUCGUCUCGCGCGGGUCCUGCGCCCACGGCUUCCAGAGCUCCGACUGGCCGCGCAGCCGCCUCGUGAGGGCGUGGGGCUGGCCGGCCACGCGGCCGGAGAGGCUGCCGGCGGGCGCCCGGUGGGUCUACUCGAGCAGCCGCCGAGCGCCCGACGCCUCGGGAGGGGCCGGGCGUGACGGCCGCGCCCUGUACGAGGCCGUCCUGGC